CCAGUGCGCCAUGCAGAGCUCUGUUGGCAUGCAGAGCGCGUAGCACCCAGACCCCAGACCCUAGGGCUCCACCUGAGUCUAGACGCUCCGCACGGCUCGCUUUCUGAUCCAGCGGACUGAGCGCGCGGCACGGUUGCAUGCUAGCGUUCUCUUUCUUGAUCUGUGCAUGAUUGAUCGGUAACUCUGUGCUCUAACCGGGGUGACAAAACGAUGCACCCCUCGAUUAUUCUGCGCUCGGGUGUCUUGCCUGUGCAUUUACGAUGAAUGGCUACCCGUAGAGAGAAAGAGUCUGACUCCUCCACUGAACCACUUUUCAGCAGAUCGCAAUCGAGGGGACUCUGUGGUGCUGGGCUUUGCGAGGCUCAGAUGCUGCAGAUGGCGAUUCCCAACUUUGGCAACAAUGUCCUGGAGUGCCUUAAUGAGCAGAGGCUUCAGGGUCUGUACUGUGAUCUGUCAGUGGUGGUGAAGGGUCACACGUUUAAAGCCCACCGGGCAGUGCUGGCUGCCAGCAGCUCCUACUUUCGUGAUUUGUUCAACUCUGGAAGUAAGAGCUCUGUAGUGGAGUUACCACCAGCGGUUCAGCCUCAGAGCUUCCAGCAGAUCCUUUCCUUCUGUUACACCGGUCGACUUAGCAUGAACUUGGGGGAUCAGUUUCUCUUAAUGUACACAGCAGGAUUCCUGCAGAUUCAGCAAAUUAUGGAAAAAGGCACAGAAUUCUUCCUAAAGGUCAGCUCACCAAGUUGUGACUCACAGGGUCUUCACACAGAAGAAACGCCUUCAGAACCCCAGAGCCCCGUUACUCAAACUGGGAGUAGCAACAUUGGAGGGGGUGCGGUCACCACGGCGACGGCUCGACCUGCUUCUUGUCUCACGCCUCUUCCAUUGACGUCAAGGGUGAAGACAGAGCAGCAACCUCAGGCCCAUCAGCCCCAACUGGAAGCAUCAUCAUACUCUGUGGUUUGCACUCCAGUUGCAAAGCGUCUUUGGGAAGGAGGUAGCCGUGAAGGGGGUGGAGGAUCAGGGGCAGGUGGAGGUGGAGGUAUGAGAAAAGCAGCCCGUUUUUCGCAGGAGGCAGCACGGGGCAUGGGCGGGGCCCCACCUCAAAGUGCAGCUUUAUUGGGUGGAAGCGGAACCACUAGUAGCAACAGCAACAACAAUAACAACAACAACAACAGCAGUAGCACGCCGGACGGCACCAGCCCAAGCACCCCCAGCAUGUACACCAGUGACUCGCCAAUCUCUUACCACGAUGAUGAAGAAGAGGAGGAAAUCACAGACGAAACGACAGAAGAACAGUACAGACAGAUCUGUAAUAUGUACACUAUGUACAGUAUGCUAAAUGUAGGGGCAACAGCCAAUGAACGAGUGGAAUCACUACCCGACCACCUCACAGUUGAAUCAAGGGGAAGAGGAGUUCGAGUGAGGCAAGAUCUGGCCUCUCUUCCCACUGAGCUCAUUGCACAGAUCGGAAACCGCUGUCAUCCUAAACUCUAUGAAGAAGGUGACCCUGCUGAGAAACUGGAGCUAGUAACCGGCACCAGUGUUUUUAUUUCACGUGCUCAGCUGAUGAACUGCCACGUUAGUGCGGGCACACGCCACAAAGUGUUGCUCAGGCGGCUACUUGCUGCAUUUUUUGACCGAAGCACUCUUGCAAACAGCUGUGGAACAGGGAUCCGGUCCUCCACAAAUGACCCCAAUCGCAAGCCCCUCGAUAGUCGGGUUCUCCAUGCUGUUAAGUUUUACUGCCAGAACUUUGCCCCUAGCUUCAAAGAGAGCGAAAUGAACGCGAUCGCUGCAGACAUGUGCACUAACGCACGGCGCGUGGUACGCAAGAGCUGGAUUCCGAAACUGAAGCUUCUGAUGGCAGAAAGCGACGCUUAUGCCAACUUCCUUCCGGACGCUGCCAAAAUGGAGUCUGACGGCUUGGGAGUGGAGCAUGCUUUUGAAACAGGAUCCCUGGAAGGUGGCACAGCCUCUGAUUCAGGCCAUUCAUCUACAGAUGCCCUGCAAGGUGUGAGCGGGGAUGGUAGCAGCCUGUUUUAGUGAGUAACAAUACCAUGGUAUUCUUUCCCUUCCACUCCUCCAUCGUAUCUCAGUCUCACCUUGGGCGUUGAUGUCAUCACGGAGUCGAGAAGUGUAUCUUUAUGAAGACUGUUGUUGAAUCCCACUUCAGAAUCUGGUUAUUUUUAUUUCCCUAUAGAUUUGUUUUGAUUGUACUUUGUGGGCCCUCCUCUUCAUACUGCAGAAACACAUUCCUGAAGAGGAGGGACCUUUUGAGGACAUUUGGGGUGAUCUGAAGGGGAAAUGGUGUCUGGAAGCUCCUAUCCAGCCUUUGAACACUGGCAUGAUUCUGAAUGUAUCUUUUUGGAGAAUCCAGAAAGUUAAUUUUGCUGGAUGUUAGAUUGUAUUCAUCUGUUACUAUUUAGUAGCUGUAUAUCUGCUUUUUGGACCCCAUUUCCUCUUCUUGCACCAACACCCUUAGGCACCUUUGUUUCUUUUAAAUAUUCUUAUUUGAACAACAUUUGUAAUUUUUUGCCAACUUUUCCACUAUUUGUCUUGCCAAGUAUCCCAAGAGAAGCAGUUUGUCAUGAUUUGUGAUAUGAAUUUGUAAGAGGCAGAUGAAUCUGUUUUGCUAUGUGUGAAACUACUGUCGUUUUGAUUGUCGAUAGAGAGGGUCUGUGCAAGAUUCUCACCUUUUUGAAUCAAUGAAUGGUGAAUUGUU